AUGUGUUUUGGAAGGCGUGCUAGAUGUGUUGGUUAUAAGUUGCUCAUCCUUGCCCUCCUCUGCAUUGUGGCCAACACUUUACUUUAUUUUCCCAAUGGUGAAACAAGAUUUGCUUCAGAGCAUCACCUCAGCAAAUAUGUGGAGUGCCUUCACGGCAUUCUAGGUGGAGGCUUUCUGGUACUCAUUCCAGCUGCAGUGUUCAUUGGGCUUCACAAUGACGACUGCUGUGGGAAGAGCUGCGCGAUGCUGUCCUCAGUUCUGGCAGCCCUUGUUGGGAUCCUUGGCUCUGGGUACUGUAUAAUCAUUUCAGCGCUGGGCUUGUCUCAAGGACCAUAUUGUCUCACCCGCCCAGAAAGAAACUGGAUCUAUCCUUUCACUGACUCCUCUGGAGGGUACUUGUUUGAGUAUAACAAGUGGUCUGCAUGUCAGGAACCUCAAAACAUCGUGCAGUGGAACGUCACCCUCUUUUCCAUCCUGCUUGUUUUGGGAGGAAUAGAAUUCAUUCUAUGCUUCAUACAGAUAAUCAAUGGCAUUCUUGGAGGACUGUGUGGGUUGUGCUGCAGUCAUGAGGAGACAUAUGUUUGCUAG